AUGAGUGUAUCGUCUCUAGAAGAACAGCCUGGGGCUGGCAGGAUGCUAAAGUUCAUACGCGGCAAGGGCCAGCAGCCCUCUGCUGAAAGGCAGAAACUCCAGAAUGAACUGUUUGCCUUCCGCAAGACAGUGCAACACGGCUUUCCACACAGGGCGUCAGCGCUAGCAUGGGACCCACUCCUCAGGGUGGUGGCGCUGGGCACAGCCACCGGCGCCCUCAAGGUCUACGGCAGACCCGGCGUCGAACUCUACGGACAGCACACAAACUCCGACUCCAGCGUCACACAGAUACACUUCAUACCUGGCACUGGCCGCUUACUAUCACUUUCCGACGACAACAGUCUUCACUUAUGGGAGAUUAACGAGAAGUCCCUGGUGGAACUAAAAACAUACAUAUUUGAGGGUAAAAACAAGAAGAUAUCGUCACUAUGCGUCGAGUCAUCCGGCAAGCACCUGCUGAUCGGUACCGAGGGUGGAAACAUAUACAAUCUGGACCUUAACACGUUCACCGUCACCGAAGAUGUGAUAUAUCAGGAUGUUGUUAUGCAGAAUUGUCCAGAAGACUUCAAAAUCAACCCAGGCGCAGUGGAAGCUAUCUGCGAACACCCUAAGGUCCCUAGCAGGCUGCUGAUUGGCUACAACAGAGGUCUAGUCGUGUUAUGGGACCGCAUUGCCGCCGCACCCACACACACCUUCGUGUCUAACCAACAGCUCGAGAGCUUGUGCUGGAAUGAUGAAGGUGAACACUUCACAUCAUCUCACAACGACGGUUCGUACGUGACGUGGGAAAUUGCGGGGGCUGCCAGCGACCGGCCCCUAAAGGAGCCCAUCACACCGUACGGCCCCUACCCCUGCAAGGCUAUCAGCAAGAUCCUCAACAGGACUAGUGUUGAUGGAGACGAGAUAACUAUCUAUGCAGGUGGUAUGCCACGAGCUUCGUACUCCGACAAAUACACAGUCACAGUACAACAGGGAGAGAAACACGUCGCAUUCGAUUUCACAAGCCGAGUUAUCGACUUCUUCACAACGACACCCGUCCCUCCCGACGGUGUGCCGCUACAAGAAGACCGCCCCGACACUCCUGCGCAGAUACAGUUGCAAACCGUCAAUCAAGUCGCCGCUGCUUUGGUGGUACUAGCAGAAGAGGAGCUGGUUGUAAUAGACCUGUGCGACGAGAGAUGGCGUCCCCUGCGCCUGCCCUACCUGGUGUCUAUACACGCGUCCGCCGUCACUACCGCGCAGCUCGUCGACAACGUCGCCGCCAACGUAUACGACAAUAUUGUCGCCGCAGGUCAACAACAAAGCGAGAAUGUAUACUCGGAAUCAGCGUGGCCUAUCUCUGGCGGGUGUGUGGAGGGCGAGGGUGCGGUGGCUGAGCGCCAACUGUUACUGACGGGACACGAAGACGGCUCCGUGCGCUUCUGGGACGUCAGCGGAGUCGCCAUGACCCCCCUCUACAAGUACACCACCGCGCAUCUCUUCAGUGGUGAAGAAAUAGGCGAGAACAACGACAGUCAGACGGACGAGGAAGAAUGGCCUCCAUUCAGAAGAGUCGGAACCUUCGACCCAUAUAGUGACGACCCACGACUUGCUGUCAAAAGGGUAAUCUUAUGUCCUCUGUCGGGAAUGCUGACAAUCGGUGGUGCGGCCGGUCACAUAGUCAUCGCGAGCUUAAAGACAUCUUCCAGCACUGCUGAAGUCAAGUCUGUCACAGUGAAUAUAGUGUCAGAUCGCGACGGUUUCGUAUGGAAGGGCCACGAUCAGCUUACCCUGAGGUCAGGAUCACUCACAUUCCCACAAGGAUAUCAGGCGAGCUCGGUGGUGCAGCUGGUCCCCCCCGCGGCGGUGACGGCGCUGGGCGCGCAGUGGGAGUGGGGGCUGGUGUGUGCCGGCACCGCGCACGGGCUCGCGCUGCUCGACGCCAUCGCCGCGCGCUCCUUGCUGCACAAGUGCACGCUCAACCCGCACGAUCAUUCCGGUGCUGGCGAUACGCCUAUUUCAAGAAGAAAAUCGUUCAAAAAGUCGCUUAGGGAAUCAUUCAGAAGACUGCGAAAAGGAAGGUCACAACGUCGUCAAACGACUACCUCAAGUCCUACUUCACCCACACAACCAAUCCCCAAGAAGCCAGCGGAUAAAGCGGCUUCAGAUACGGACGCGGAGUUGAAGCCGGUGGAGCGAGCGAUCGAGGCGAGGCCGGCCGACGAUGGGUUCGGGUCCAUGGUGCGCUGUCUGUACUUUGCCAGGACGUACCUUAUUAACACACAAAACUCGACGCCGACCCUAUGGGCGGGUACGAACAACGGUACAGUGUACGCGUUCACGAUAACUGUUCCCAACACGAACAAGAGGAAAGACGAGCCCGUGACCUGCCAGCUCGCCAAGGAGAUCCAGCUCAAGCACCGAGCGCCCGUCAUCGGCAUCACCGUACUCGACGGCGCCGCCGUGCCGCUGCCUGACCCGCUCGAGGUGGAGCGUGGUGUUUCCCCCCUCCCGGAGGGCGGUACGCAUCGCGUGCUGAUAACGUCGGAGGAGCAGUUCAAGGUGUUCACUCUGCCCUCACUCAAACCUCACAACAAGUACAAGCUCACCGCGCACGAGGGCGCACGGGUACGGCGCACGGCGUUCGCAUGGUUCGAGUGUGGGUCUGGCGUGUCGAGUAGUACGGGCGGCGCGGGCCCGCGGCACCGCGAGUGGUGCCUGCUGUGUCUGACCAACCUGGGCGACUGUCUCGUGCUCAGCCCCGACCUGCGCCGACAGCUCAACGCUGCCGCAGUGCGCAAGGAGGAUAUCAAUGGCAUUUCAAGUUUAUGCUUCUCGAAACGAGGCGAAGCUCUCUACUUGCAUUCCUCAUCCGAAUUACAACGGAUUACUUUGUCAGCUACCAAGGUGACGAUCGCUCAGUGCCACAUUAUCCUGUCCCCAUGGGCCGCUUCACUGCGCGGGGCUGUGGAAGAGCCCCCACUAACUAAUGGAGAACACAAGCAGCAGGAGGAAUCACUGGAAGCGGCGCACGACGUGACGGCGGUGUCGGCCGACAUCACGGUGGACUCGGUCCGCGACCACACCAACGCCGCGCCUGAACCGCAGCCCAACGAGCUGAACAUCAACCUACAGAAUUCGCAAGUGAACACGUCCUCGAUGGUGGUGAAAACGACGACGCGCACGAUGGUCAACGACACGAAUGGUGACGGUACCACCACCACUACCACAACGACCACCAGCAAUUCCACCAGCGAGAAUAUCCUAGAGCACAGUCGCGAGGAAGGAGUCAUCACGCGCAUCGAGACGGGCACGGUGACGGUGCCGGCCGGCACAGACCCGAAGCUGAUCCUCGAGAUGUUUGACCGGCAGCGCUCGCCCCUCAGCGUGCCCGUGCCGCCGCAGCCCGCCGCCGCCGAGACCAACUAGCGCGGCCCUCGUCCCUGCGCUACCGCUCCUAGAGCCGGCGCUAUGUUCCGCCACUUGUUUCUAUCUACCGCAUACUGCGUGUACUGCUCUGUCGUUUACCCGGUAUUCAGACCACCGAUUCAUGAAGACAUACCGGUAAUUUUAUCAUUUGACAAAAUUGUAUUAAACGUGACAACGGUUAGUUUUACAGUUAGUCUAAUUUCUUAACAUAUUUAUAGAAUAAAUUUCUUUCUAUGCCUAGACAGCUAAAGGUACUGCCAUGAAUUAAUUUCUUGAUAAUAAAAGUCAAUUUGGUUACUCUAGGUAUACAAAACUAUCAUUGGGAGCAUUUCUGUACAUUUAUGUAUUAAUUCCUUCUUGUUUUAAGGUCUACUUGCAUUUUAUUAUCUUAACUCUAUAUACUAUUAUUUACUAUAAUGUGGCUUGCAUGUUUAUAUUAUGGCGAUAAUUUGGAUGUAAUUUUCUUUGCAAUGUUUUGUAUUAUUUAGUAAAUAAUUUAAUAGAUGCUUAUUCUGUACUUAACAGUAUCACGUCAAUUUUCUAUAAAAUGAGAUUAUCUUAUCUUCAUUAUUUAAUUGCUGUUAGUUUUAAUUUUAAACAUGGCAACCCGUAAGUGAAGCUUCCCAGCUUUGCUAUGUUCACUGCUAUGCUUACUGGCGACUGGCGACCUAUCCAUAGCGACAAAUAUAUAAUGGAGAAUGUUAUGUUAGUACAAAAUCCGGAACGCCAUAGCAACAUUUGUUGUAUCCAGCAAUACUACAAUAUAAUUGUGGAUUGUUUUAAGUAAUUUAUAGUUAAGAGAACAAUGUGAAAUUAAUAUUCUAAUUUAGCUCGUUAAGUUAGUAUUUGGAACAUUCGGAGUGAAUGUGAUGUGCCUAUUUAUUUCUUUUUUUAAUAUAAUAAAGAUUGUAUCUAGGUGAUAGAAUAGAAAAGUUUUUGACAAUUAGUAAUGACUAGAAUAUAUUUUAUUAUGAAUAGCAUUUAGAUUUUCCACAGCAAGUUGGAGUAAACAUUUUUAUUGCCAAUUUUAUAUUAAUAUUAUGAAGAAAGAAAUUGUUGUAUUACCUUGCAGUGUUUCACUUGAAUUGUAUAUUCAGUAAAUAUUAAUUUUAAUAAAUUAUAAUGUUGUACGAAUGAAAGUUUUAUGCAAUAUUUUUUUAGCUUUUUAAACGCGUUUUUUGCAUUUUUAUGUAACCAGUUUGCAAUUCUAUUUUGUACCUAUAUUAAUUGGAAUGUCUUGUUACUUAUUUUAUUAAAGCAGUGGCAGCUAGCUAUAUGAGAACGUAAUUGAGCACAUCUUUACUACACAUCACAAGUCGUGAUAUAAGGGGAUUGAUUUAUUGUUUUAGACAUAUAUUUUAUUCAUAGAUAUAAGUUAAUGUGCCUGUCUUUUUUUGGUAAACAAUGGGCUCCAUCAGGCCCAUAUCGACAUAGUUACAUUUACUGUAGGAAGCAUCAAGGGUACUCGUAUGGCGUCCAAAAUGCUUCUAUUUAUAGUAUAUACAGAUUUUCUCCUUAUACUGUGGCAUUUUAUUAAAUUUGAUACGAAAUUUGCAAUUUGUAUCCAACAUUCUUACAAGAAAAUAAAAGCUAAGACUAUGAUA